UCAUUACCGGAAACCGAAUCUCCCGGUGCUCUCCGUCUUCUUCCCCCACAACUUGAUAAUCCCCAUCUCUCUGUCCCUUCCCCUUCCCUCAGCCUCCUUUUCCACCAAAUUUUAGACAACCCCUUUCUCUCUCUAGCCCCAACAUUCUCUUUCAUCCCCCCAAAAAAAAAAAAAAAAAAAUCAAAAAAUCAAAAAAUUACAAAAUCAAAAAUCAGUAAAAGAGAAUAGAAGAGGUUGGUGGUUGUUUAUAUAUAUAUAUAUAUAUAAGAGAGAGAGAGAGAGAGAGAGAGAGGAGGAGAGGAGGGAGAGAGAGAAGAUGCCGGACUCACCAACAACUCCAAGCGAAGGGAGGUCAUCAAAUUCAUCCAUAAUGGAUAGUUUGCUUGGACUUCUCAGAAUUCGUGUUAAGCGAGGCGUUAAUCUUGCCGUUCGCGAUGUUCGUAGCAGCGACCCAUACGUCGUCGUUAAAAUGGGCAAACAGAAACUGAAAACCCGUGUGAUCAAAAAGGAUGUCAACCCUGAAUGGAAUGAAGAUCUAACUCUUUCUGUUGUAGAUUCUAGCCUUCCAGUCAAGCUGACUGUUUAUGACCAUGACACAUUUAGUAUGGAUGACAAAAUGGGAGACGCACAGAUUGACAUAAGACCAUACAUUGAAGGACUGAAGAUGAAUCUGCAAGACCUUCCAAGUGGUACUAUUAUAACAAGAAUACAACCAAGCAGGCAAAAUUGCCUGGCUGAAGAAAGCUGCAUAAUCUGGAGUGAAGGUAAAGUCGUUCAAGAUAUCUGCCUCAGACUGAGAAAUGUGGAAUGCGGUGAAUUAGAGGUCCAAUUGCAAUGGAUUGAGCUUCCAGGUUCUAGAGGUUUAUAAAUUUUGUCUAAAUUGCUCUUUUAUCUGCAUUUCUGUCCUCUGUGUUUUUUUCCCAUAUGGGUCGGUUUCAAUAUUUAUCACCCACCUGAAAGUGGUAAAGGGUUUAAUAGAGGGGGUCAGAUAGAUUUUAUAUACUUUAUACAAUGAAACUGGGUCUUGUAUGCAUUUCUAAUUUGCCUAUUCCUAUCGGCUUGUUGUAGCUUAUUAUAUAGGUGAAGGGCUUUUUGUAUUGUUAUCAUAAAGUAAUGAAUUGCAUAUGCACUUUGGUAUAUACAAUGCAUGUUACUUAUUUACCAAAUUUAAUGGUAUUUGAAUACAAUUUUGUUUUUUUUUUUU